CGCCAAUGUAUAAGUCUGUGAAACCCAAUUUGUUGACAUAUUUUGACAACAUGCUGUGUACUUUGAAACAACACUGAACCAAAAUCGUUUGCAAGCACGAUAUUUCAUCUAUUUACGUACAGAUGCUCUUGAUGAGAUGCUGCAAAACAGUGACUGCCAUCUUCCGUAUGAUCUGUUACCAGGAGCUGUAGACAAUUUUAGGGCCACAGAAUCAUCAUUCGAUAGUGGAUAUUGUGCGUCCCCAUUAAACCCUUCUUCAGGUUCCAGUCGUCAACUCGCCAACAUGAUGCAGCCGAUGUUUCUUGCGAGUCCAACAAAAAGUCCUUUCAAGGUGAAUACGGACUCCAAUCACAUGAUAAUUAUCAGCCCUUUGAAAGGAAUAUUCAGUCCUUUCAAGGACUCCUCCCUCAGUCCAUUCAAGCUUAUGCAGAGUCCUUCAAAGGGUUUUGAUGAUUGGGACAGAGACUUGUUUGCAAACUUUGAGGAAAAUUUGUUUGGAAUGGGCGACAUGUCCGAAAAUCUUGUGGAUGAACUUUUGAAGUCCCCGAAGGGAAAGGCACUUAUGGAAAUGAGACAAAGUCCUAGCCAAGCAGUAAGAAGACUUCGCAUUUCUCCAGACAACCGCCACAAAGGACAGAGGUUCCAGUCACUAGCUGAUGCACAUUCAGACAUUGAUUCUGUUGCGCAAACCACCGGAUUACAAUGCCUUGACUUUAAAAUGGUAGAUAUAAAGGAAGAAACCACUAUUCACGAUCACAUGUAUGGUCAAAAUAUGUCGGGAAAUACACUAAGUGCAAUAGACCCAAACAAAAUGGGUGCUACUCCAAUAAAGCCUCGCAUGACAAACAUAGAAAAUGCACCGAUUCGAAAACUUUCAAUGAUGAAGUCUGUAGGAAAUUGUCCUAUGCCAAAUGUUGUUGUGAAAUCUGAAAACGAGCCCAGUGUGCAACACUUGUCUGAAAACUGGCCUCCAACAGAAAGGUUGAAGUUUGCACGUAAACAGUUUCGGGAGAUAUUGAACGAUGCAGUGAAGAGAGAAAUACAGCUACUGAAGCAGCAGAAAUUAAAGAAAGCUGAGCUUGUGACAAAAAAUAUUCUUCUGGAAAACAAGAAACAGUUAGAGUUCAAGAUUGGCAAGACAGAACACCACAAACAGGACAAAAAUCUCAAAGACAGAGUGACUAAAAAGGGUAAAAAAGUGAAGACCUACAGGAAAAAGAAAAAAGACACCUACCCUCAAAUAAAGAUGGCUCUGGCAAAGACAAUAGUUCGGAAUCAGCCACCGGUUGUUCACAGGCAGCUGUCCCCACUAACUCCACUGAUACAUAACACCAUGUUGGACCCUGGUUGGUAUCCUAGCGCUGAUGAUGAUGAUGAAGAGGUAGAGCAGUGGACUGGACCACCUCCCUUCCACACACAGGCUAGCGGUAGUUUUUAUAGCGACGAUAUGUCAUCAGAGGAAGAGGAGGAAACGCCCACAAACUAUCAGUAUGAAACUCUUUCUGGACGAAGGGUGACCAUAAAAAGACCAAGACUUUGUUGAUUGGGUGUGUUUUGCUGUGAUUUAAUCUAAAUGUUUUGCUUUGAUUUUUGUAUCAGUGGUAAAGGAAAAUUGGCAUAUUUCAUAUUGAAUAUUAGAUACUGAGCACUUGAAUGGGAAUUUAGUUUUGAUUAUUAUUGAAUAAUUUCUGGCCAAAUUUAGAAGUAAAUUAUGUUAAGCUUAAUUCUUAAACUGUUUCUCUUUCCCUGUGAUUACUCGAGAUGUUUUGAUACUGAAAAAAAUGCAUGUGUAAACGACACUUAUUAGUCCCCUACUUGUGAAACCGGUGAGGGACUUAUGGUUUGCGCUCUGUGUGACUGUCAGUCUGUCACACUUUUCUGGAUCCUGCGAUCACUUGAAAAAGUUCUUCUAAUUUUUUUCAUGAAACUUGAAACUUGGACAGAUGGCAAUAUGGAGAUUAUGCACGUCAUUUCAUUUUGUUUCUACGUCAAGAAUUCCGGUUGCUAUAGCAACAAAUAGACUAGAAAUAUUGCUGAAAAUGGUGGAUCCUGCGAUAACUUUACAAGUUCUUCAUAUUUUUUCCUGAAAAUUAAAACAUGGAUAUAUGGAGAUUAUGCACAUCAUUUCAUUUUGUUCCUACUUCAAGAAUUCUGGUUGCUUUGGCAACAAAUAAACUACAAAUAUUGCUGAAAAUGGUGGAUCCUGCGAUAACUUUAAAACUUCAUAUUAUUUCAUGAAAUUAAUAACAUUAUAUAGUAAU